AUGUGGCUUACAAAGUGUGUAGUGUUUAUUGCGUUGAUGACUGCGGUCACACAUCAAACAUUUUAUUACGACUAUGGUGAUGAUAUUGCGUACACUCCCUAUUCUCUCAUGGAACAAAAUGGCAUAGUUCGCGCCAUAGAUGAAAAUUUUAAGCCAGAUUGGGCACCAAUACUACACAAUAAAUGGAUACACCUUCGCGAAUUGGAAUGGGCGUUUAAUUGCUCCUCGGUGGACCGAACGAUGGGCACUAGGAUACCGUACCAUAUAGCCUGGGACGAGGAUUUGCUCAAAUUUACUUGGAUCAAACCAUCUAGAGGACUGUUUUGCCAAAUUAUGAACUACAUGAUUGAUAAUGCGUUUCGCGAAUGGUUGGAUCCGUUGGCGGACAAAUUGAGUCAUCACAGCGUUGACAGAGGCACGAAUACUGGUUCGAAUCCAUCGGGCUUGACUACAAAAAUUUCUUUCGAACCAUUUUGGCACCACCACGACGAUGGCAGCCCGUGCAUGUUUACUUCGCGAAACACUCUGGCACACGCCAAUGGCGACUUUGUGCACAUUAAUGCCGAGAUUGAUUGGUGUGUAAUGGGAUCCAAGACACCGAGGUACUUGCUAAAGGUCCACUCUGGAAAUGUGAUUCUAGAGCCGGAACCCACUUUGGACGCAUCCUACGGACAGGCGUUGGUCCAGUAUAUGAAUCGAAAUAAAUUCAACUGUAUCAAUCUGUAUACCGUACUAAUACACGAACUUGGACACACUUUGGGGUUGGGUCACGCCUCACUUGCCACGAGUCUCAUGUUUCCUACGGCAGGUUCGCCAUUAAAUCAACUGCAUUCGUCGGAUUUUACUUUUAGUGCACAAUUGUAUAGGAAUUAG